AUAUUAUGAAAAAUGAUACCAAAUGUCUUCUCAGUCAGUUGUUUGAAUUAUGAUUCCGGAAGAUUCUAUUUUUAUAUCUUUGGACGUAGUAGUCUCUUUUUUUAUAAAUAAGUCUGUAGAACUUGUUGCUAACGGCGUCGAACGUCAUUGAGACCUUAUUCAGAAAUACCGCUGAACAUUAUUGAGAAAUACCGCUCUUCCAAAAUCCGAAUUUAUCAACGGCAUUAAAUGGUCCCUGAUUCAACUUUUUUAUUUUUAAGGGGGAACCUACUUUAAAAAGCCGUUUCUUCUCGAUUUUUAAAAAAAUAUGGCAAAAUUUAUUGAAUGUAAAGAAGGUAUACGGUAAUGUUCACUAUUUAAACUAUUUAAAAAACUUUUUGAUGUAAAAAAUUUCAAAAUGGCAGGACAGUAACUGCUUGAAGUUGGCUUCUUAAAUUUGCGCCGGUAAAUGCCGAGAUCACAAAAUUAAUGUGAAACAAAAAUUUCAAGAAAUAAUAAAUGUUAAUAAUUAUUGUUUAAAGCAAAAUAUUAAUGAACUGAUAGAUUUUGGGACCAGAUAGUUGAAAAAUAAGAACGUAAAAUUUGAAAAUGAUCGGUCAAGUAGUUUUUGAGUUACUUUUUCCGGCGCGCAAAAUUUAGCAUUUUAAGAAAAAAAUGUUUAAGUUGUAUACCUACGUGCCCUAGCCGCUGAAGCCGACUCAAGUUUUUUUUACAUUAACAUAAAAGGAAGUCUCUUAUAUCUUUCUAAUGUUUUUUUUUCAUAUUUUUGAGAUAAUUUUCUAACAAUUUCAGCGAAAAACAAAAAACGUGAUAAAAAUCGAUUUCAAAGUAGUUAUAGGUUCUCCCCUUAAGGAGGUUCUAUCGGUAUUCCGAAAUCAAAUGAGGACUACGAAAAAAUGUAAAAAAUAACUGCUUUUAACACUCAUAAAUCUUAUUCGUAAAAUCAUAAUUUUAUUUAAGAUGACUGUUAAAUUGAGUAAUUUAAAGUAUAAACAAUUUAAUAUUAUUUAUUAAGUAAAAAAUUCAAGGCUUGGUUGAACAGAGUAGUAACCACUAAAGCCCUCGCACGUGGUCUCGCGACAGCAGAACGUGUGUUGACAAACACAUACUAACCUGCAAAUGUAGCAUGUUUACACUGAGAGGAUUCCGCGUGAGAUAGUCGAACCGAACGGACGUGAUAUUGUAGCUCUCUGUGAUACCUGAGUGAGACGGUGCGGCGUGAGUUGCGCGGGGGUGACGUGAGGUGUUGAGUUGAGUUAAGUUACUUUAAAAUAGCAGAUAAUUAAUAAAGGGCCCAAGAUACAUCAUGGCAAAUGUUCCCUCGGCCGGACGGGGGAACAGAUUUAAUCCCUAUUCUAAGGAAGAGGUUAGAAGAGAAGUGAGUAGAGGAAAUAAGAGAAGAAGCAUGUCAUUGAGAAGCCAAGAUUCAAACGAGGCGGGACAAGAAGACGAAGAUUUUGCGGCAGAGGAGAGCGACGUAGAAAUAAUGGAUGUACAAAAAUGCGCUAAAAUAUUAAGCAUAGAAUCGGUUGAGACCUCGAAUUUGAAAAGUAGCGUGAUUCAAAGUGAACCAGUAGUGACAAAGGAAAAAUGUAGCGAGACAAUGGACAAGACGGUUAAAGGGGGGAAAGGUCACGCCGGUAUAAGUCAGGAAGUAAACAUGUUUACAGAUUGCGAGGGAAUAGAGAAAAGAGAGCAGAUACCUUUAGCAGGGGUGUAAUUACCGAUUGGCCGUACGAAAUUCCAGAGUUAUGGGAGAAUAUAGUAGAUAAAAAGGAUAUCUUCAGAAUAGAAAAAAUGAAGAAAAGAGUCUGGGAUCAGGAGACAAAAAAGUUCCAGACGCAAUUUAUAAACAAUUUUAUAAUCACUCUAAAAGGCAAA